AUGGAUUAUAAAUCUUUAAACAAUACAAUUUCCAAUGAACAACAAUUUCCAGAAAGCAUUGCUGUUGUUGGUAUUGGUCUGCGAUUUCCAGGUGAAAGUUUCACCCCUGACCAGCUUUGGGAGAAUCUUCUCGGUUCCUUUGAUGGUAUUGUAGAGGUUCCAGCUGAGCGUUGGUCACCCAAUUUCUAUGAACACAAGCUUGUUGGUACUAAGAAUGCCGGACUCAUUCCACUAGACGAAUGGAAAAAAUUCGACUCUCUCUUCUUUGGUCUUUCCCCAAAAGAUGCACCAGAGUUGGAUCCACAAGAAAGAAUGUUACUCAAGGUUACCUACGAAGCCCUUGAGGAUGCCCAAAUUCCAGCUUCUCAAGUUCGUGGAUCUAGAACCGCUGUUUACGUUGGUGUUUCCAACAUCGAUAACUCCAGAUUGAUCCAAAGAUACUCAGUGCUAGACGGUGCUGCCAAGGUUCUAAACGAUACUUUUACUUUUUCAGUAAUUGCCAAUCGUGUUUCCUAUUGUUUCGAUUUCCGAGGUCCAUCUAUGUGUGUUGAUACCGCUUGUUCAUCGUCACUUAUCACCACUGAUUUGGCAUGCCAAGCUCUUAUCUCUGGAAAUUGUGACAUGGCCAUCACAUCUGGAAUUUCAGCUCUCUUUGACCCAGAGACAACCAAUUGUUAUUCCGAUUUUGGUGUUAUUGGAGAUCAAUGUAGAUCUUUCGAUGCCAAUGGAAAAGGAUUUGUUAGAUCCGAAGGUUGUGGUGUGGUUAUUUUGAAGAGAUUAUCCGAUGCCGAGCGUGACAAUAACCGUAUCUAUGCCGUUAUUAAGGGUGGAAAUACUAACACCGAUGGUCACUGUAAUAAGGAUACCAUGUCUACACCUUCUUACGUCACACAAUCUGAAAAUAUUGAACGUGCUCUGCGCAAGACUGGAGUGGAUCCAAAGGAUGUCUACUACGUUGAGGCACAUGCCACUGGAACUGUAGUUGGUGAUCCAAUCGAAGUGACUGCACUCUCUAAGGUUUUCAGCGAGCAUCACACCAACGAGAAUCCACUCAAGAUCGGUUCAAUCAAAGCAAAUAUUGGACAUCUUGAAAGUGGUGCUGGUAUCGCUUCUUUAAUCAAAGUUUCCUUGAUGUUAAAGAACAGAAAAUUGGUUCCAAAUAUCAAACUUACCACUUUGAAUCCAAAGAUUCCUUUCAACGAUUGGAAUAUUCAAGUGGUAACCAAAGUUGAGGAUCUCCCUCAAACCGAACGUCCAAUUCUCAUGGGUAUCAAUUCAUUUGGUAUCGGAGGUGCUAAUUGUCAUUUAAUUCUUGAAGAGUAUAGAAACGAAUUGAAGCCAAUUCUUCCAGAUACUCAUCAAAUUGAAUAUCUCGUUCCAAUUAGUGGAAACUCUGCUGGUUCAUUGGAUAAAUACAUUGAAUCUAUUGUUUCAAACACCGAACUUCAAAAGAAGAUAUCUUUCAAGGAAUUCGUCUUGCAUCAAUCCUUUUCAAAGUCACAUAUGACCAACCGUAAGGUUAUCAUUGCCAAAGACUGGGAGGACUUUAAGAAUAAUCAGAAAUCUUCUGUCCAAUUCCAAUUGCCAUCACUUAACGACUCCAAAGGAAAGAAAGUGGCAUUUGUAUUCUGUGGACAAGGUCCACAAUGGAAUCAAAUGGGUAUGCAACUAUACCAUUCAGAGCCAGUCUACAAAUCGAUUGUAGAUCGCUAUGACUCUCUGCUCAAAGAGUACACUGGUUACAGUAUCAUCGAGAAGAUGAACGAGAUUCCAAAUCAAUCAAAUGAUAUCCACAAACCAAUCAUUGCACAACCAUCUCUUUUCCUUUUCCAAAUCGGAUUGUUUGAACUUUACAAAAAUUGGGGAAUUCAUCCAUCUUUUGUAGUUGGUCAUAGUUUUGGUGAUAUUACGUCUGCUUAUAUCUCUGGUAGUAUCUCAUUAACAGAAGCAAUUAAGGUUGUUCAUUUCAGAUCUGUAUUCCAAAAUGAGACAAUUGGAUCCGGAAGAAUGUUGGUAGUUGGUAUGAGUUUCAAUGACUACCAAACCAAAUUCCAAAGUCAAUUUCCAACUUUGGAAAUCGCUUGUUUUAAUUCGCCAGAGUCCAUUGUUGUCACUGGUGAUGAAGCAAGUUUGACCGAUUUGGUAAAGCAUUUGAAACUAGCGGAUCUAUUCAAUACUUUUCUCAGAACACCAUGUUCAUUCCAUUCUUCACACCAAAAGGUUAUUAAGUCCAAAAUUAUGACAACUCUCGGUCAUAUGACAUCGACCAAACCAACCAUUCCAUGGUACUCCACAGUAACUGGUGAACUCCAAACCAAAGGAAUGGAUGCUCAAUAUCUCUAUAAUAAUAUUCGUCGUCCAGUACAGUUCCAAAAGACCAUGGAAACUAUUGCAAAGAAUUUAGGUGACCAAUUGGAGGAUUACAUCUUCCUUGAGAUUGCACCACAUCCAACUCUUUCCAGUUUAAUCAAACAAUGUAUACCACAAGCUGUUGUCAUUUCGCCAAUCCAAAGAAACAAAGAUGAGCAAGCUCUGUUCAAACUGUCUUUAGCCAAUGUUCAUUGCUAUGGAGCAAACGUCGAAUUCAAGACUCAGUUCAAGAUUUCCGAAUUUUUGAAUAUCAGUUGGAAGGAUUCAACCACCUUACUUCCAAGAUAUCAAUGGGAUGACGAGUUGUAUUGGAAGGAAUCUGCAUAUUCUCACCACAAGAGAAUAAAUGGCCCACCAACAACUAUUCUCGGUCACUUGGGAGUUCACAAUGGUCAGCAAGUUUAUCACUCAGAUAUCGAUAUCAAGAGAUCACCAUUCCGUUUCCUCAAGGACCAUCAAGUCAAGGACAAACCAUUGUUCCCAGGUGCCGGUUAUGCUGAAGCCAUUAUACAAGCAUUCAAAUCGAAUGGACAAGACAUCGUAAUCAAUAAGCUUGAAUUCCUCAAUCCAUUCUUCCUCCACGAGAAAGAAACACCACCAAAGAUGCAAACUGUAAUUGACCGACUGUCCAACAACGAUUACAAGAUUCAAUUCUUCAACAAGAAUGGUGAAGCUUACAAUCCUAAUGAACAAUGGGUAAAGACUGCUCAAUCCAGAGUUUCAUUCUCUGAUACUACUGUCGUCAACCAUCACCUUGAUAUUGAAUCGUUCAAGAAGCAAUGCAAUCUAACAACUUUCAAUCAAAGAGAAUUCUAUCAAAUGACUGAAAGAGUAGGAUUAAAGUAUGGGCCAUCUUUCCAACAUGUAACUUCAAUCAUGGUCGGAGAGAAAUGUACUUUGGCAACUCUCAUACCAAAGUCAACUGCCAUCACACCACCACAAAUACUCAAUACUACAUUGAUUGACAACUGUGCUCAUGGAAUGAUGGGACUGCUCGAUGAAAGAAGACAAUUUGUUUUUAAAUCAAUCGAGGAUAUGAGAAUUAACAUCAAGUUGAUGAACGAAUUGGACUCUGGAAAUCUUCCACAGGAAUUGUAUUUGGCAACCACUAUCUUAGAUUCGAACAACUACAACUACACUGGACAUUGUUUACUUUUGUUACCGGAUGGUCAAGUUCUUCUGGAGAUGGAGAGAUUUACUGUUACCACACCAGAGAAGUUAAGAAUGUCCAAGAUUAAAUUCCCUCAAAAGGAACUCUGUUCGACUGUAAUUCAAUCUAAAGAUUUGCCGACAGAUGUAGAUGCUUUAUCACUUUCAAAGUCAUUCAUUCAAGAUUCUCUUAAAAGUCAAGCCGUCUCGACUGUUGAUGCUAUUUUAAUACUGGUUAUUGCUCUGACCAACAACAUUCCAGGUUUCAAUAUCAAAGACAUCCAAUCUCAUUCAAUUGAAGAAUUGUUUGAUAAAUAUGGAAUCAAUAGAAGCAAAUCUAAUGAUAGAUUAUUCAUAAGAUGUCUCGAAAUCUUGGGACAAUACAUGCAACACUUUAACGACCAAACAUUCACCCCUGAAUUUGCAUUGGCCUUGGAGUCGAAAUAUUCCAACUCUGAAUCUAAUGAAUACACUGUUGUCAAACUCUCAUGUGAUGUCAUUGCUCAAGUCUUGUUGGGCAAUGGAAGAGCACCAGAGGUCCUAUUCAAUGAUGGUUUACUAGAGAAUUUCUACACUAAGUCUCCAUUUAUGAAAUAUUAUUUGAAACAACUCUCUCAUGUUGUUACCUCUUCGAUUAAGCCGAUCGUUGAGAAGCAAGAGAAGAGACUCAUUAAUAUUCUCGAGAUUGGAGGUGGUACUGGUGCACUUACACAUCUCAUUAUUUCUCAACUCGAUGAAAUACUUGAAGGUCAGAAUCAAGUUGAAGUCUACUACACAUUCACCGAUGUCUCACCUGCGUUCAUCUAUUCAAUGAAAGACCGUUACCAAAACAAACAGAAAUUAAAAUCAAAUCUACAUUUGAAAUUCCGUUUGUAUGACUUGGAGAAGGAUUCAUUCGAACAAGGUUAUCUUCCUGGUCACUACGACUACGUUCUCAUGGCAUACGUAAUCCAUAUCGUGCCACAUCUCAAGGAAUCACUUUCUCACAUUCAAAAGUUGAUUACACCAAGUGGUCUGUUGGCUUUUUCUGAGCCAAACUACAAAUAUCCAUUGGUAGAUAUCAUGUUUGGUGGUUUCACUCAAAUUUGGAAUUUCGAAGACGAUAUCCGUGACCACUACACUCUCAGACCACAACAAUGGAUCGAUUUGCUCUCAGAGGAGACUGGAUAUAAGAAUACCAGAGUAUUUGGUUCAGUUGACGAAAAGGGUGAGCCACUCUCACUUGAAAGUGGACACUCUGUAAUUGUGGUUGCUCAACGUAGUGGAGUCAAUCAAUUGCCACCAACUCACGAACCAUGUGACCACCUUACCGUUAUCGUAAAGGAUGGCCAACAACCAAUUCCGAUUGAAUCACUUAGAAAAUAUACAAACAAUCUCUCUAUCAUUAAAUGCAACGAGAUUGAAUCGAAUCUAUCACUAUUGGAACACUCUUCCCAUAUUUUCUUGGUAGCAGGAGUCGAACAUUUGACAUUGGAUAAUUAUCAAUCUGUUACCUUUGAUGCAUCUAAAUUGAUUAAACUGUUCAUCAAGAAACCAAAUCAACCGAUCAUUGCUAUCGUUACAAGAGAUUGUCAGACAAACAACUAUUUUGCAAACUCUUUGAAUGGUAUUACCAAAUCUGGUUUUUGCGAUCACUAUGAAAUCAAUCUCUCAUUCAUUGAUGUUGAUAGCCAGUUGAAUGACAACAAUAUCAAGUUGAUUCUCCAAAUAGUAAACAACUACUCAUCUCUUGGUGACUUUGAAUACUAUAUUAAAGAGAACAAGGUACACAUCGAAAGAACCUAUCAUAAUGCAAUUGAAAAUCUUCAGACCUCUGUAGCCUAUGAAAAGGAUCAAUCCAAGCUUGGAUGUCAUAUCAACAUCGGUUUGGAAUACAAACUUUUCGAAAGACCUGAGUUGGAGCCAGAACAAAUCGAAGUUUCCAUUAAAUCGGCUGGUCUCAACUUUAAGGAUUACUUGUUUCAUCUACACAUGCUGCAACAAGAUUUCAUGGACAAGGGAGACCCUUUCCAUCCACCCAUUGGAUUAGAACACAGUGGUAUUGUCACUAGAGUUGGAAGUGCAGUAACAAAAUUCAAGGUUGGUGAUGAAGUGGUUGGAGCUCAUUCUCACUCCAUAUCAUCUCAUGCAAUUAAUCACGUUAAAUACUUUACUCACAAACCAAAGGAAAUAUCAUUCCACGCCGCUGCAUCUGUGCCUGUUGUCUAUGGUACUGUCUAUCAUGCAUUCUUUAAAGUCUGUCAAUUGGAUCCAGAGAAUGACACUGUUCUUGUGCAUAGCGCCACUGGAGGUGUCGGUUUGGCAGCUUUGAGUAUCUUGAGAUGGAAGGGAUGCAAGAAGGUCUAUGCUACAUGUGGUUCACAAGAGAAGAUGGACUAUCUCAGAGCUAACUAUUCCGACAUUCUCAUUGAUGUAUUCAGCUCACACACUGUUGAUUUUGCCAGACAAAUUAAACAACAGUGUGCUGGUGUUGAUGUCCUAUUGAAUACUCUCUCCAGCGACUAUAUGAAUGCUAACUUCAAGGCAUUGUCACCAUGGGGUAAAAUUGCUGACAUUUCGCUCACUCAUGUCUACAACAAUGAACCUCUAGACUAUGGAAAUUUCAAGAGAGAUCAAGCCUAUGCCACUGUCGAUUUCAAUUUGUUAGUCGUAUCAAGAAUCGAAUACACAAUAAAUAUGGUCAAUUCACUCUUCCAGGCAAUGGCAUCUGGUGAAUUGGAUGGUCCAAAGAUUUACAAGGUCUACUCUGCUUGUGAUGCCAAAAAAGCCGUUCUGUCAUUGAAGGAAAGAAAGCAUAUCGGAAAGAUAGUGGUCGAUAUGUCAUCGAUUGAAACUGAAGUUCUCCAACCUUUAAUAGCAUCAGGUGAAAAACUCCCAGUUCCUAAAGCAAAUUUCAAAGUAGAUAUCAAUCAUACAGUUAUCACUACUGGUCAACAAGGUAUCUCACUUGAAUUGAUUGCCUGGUUAUCUAAAUUCACCAAUGCAUCAGAUAUUGUUGUUCUCUCCAUCUCACCACUCAAGAGCAGAUUGAGAAAGUUGAUCAAUCUCAACAACAAAUCAUCGAAUAGAGCCAAGAUUCAUUUCAUUCAGACUGAUGUCUCAAAAAAACAGCAAUUAAAGACAACAAUGGAAUCAAUCAAACAACAAUAUCCACCAAUUGAAACUAUAUUCCAUUUGGCUGCCAUCUAUGAAGAUUUCGGAAUAAAUGAAUUGACUCUCGAGAAUAUCCAGCGAGUUCAUCAACCAAAGGUCAUUGGUUCGAUCAACCUCCAUGAAAUAACAAUGGAACUACAAUUACCAAUCAGACAGUUCAUAUUGUUCUCUUCGAUCUCAUCGAUUAGUGGUACCCCUUCCCAACCAUCUUACAACUCUGCGAAUCUUGUCAUCGAUGCUAUCUGUCAAUACCGUAGCAACAUUCUUGGAUUACCAUCGAAAUCAAUGAGAUUCGGUCCAUUGUUAGGAGAAGGUUUGGUAGCUGAAUCCGUCGGAAUCAAAGAGUUUUUCUUCUCAAGAGGAGUUGCAUCACUUCAUGUUUCACAAUUCCUAGGUGGUUUGGAAGCUGCUAUCUCUCAACCAAACAAACAGUUUGUGAAUCAAAUCGUAUCGGAUAUUACAACUCAAGGCAACUAUGACUACAAUCCAAAGAUUAAGCCAAAGAUUGAACACCACGUAGAUAUCAGAUCAGAUAGGAAGUCAUCAAUCAAUCGUACUGAUGUCGAUAUCUAUGAUACCAUUUCCAACAAUAUUGCUAUGCUCCUAUCGAUGUCUGCCAGUAAGCUCAAUGGAAACACAAAACUCAAAGACUUUGGUGUUGACUCUCUCAUGACUGUCCAGAUUAAAUCAUUCUUUGACAAUAACUUUGAAAUUGACAUGUUCAACGUCAGUCAAAUACCUUCCGUUACAAUCAACCAAAUUGUUUCUAAAGUUCAAUCAUUAAAAUCAAAUUAA